CUAGUUCGAUGAGCGAUAUCAUAUCAACAUAAUUAUUAAAAUGUGGUCACCUCCACAAUCUUAUCAAACCAGACCCAUCGCUGUCUUAGGUGGUGGCGUACUAGGCCGUCGAAUUGCUUGUUGCUGGGCAGCUGCAGGAUACAAUGUCAAUAUCAGAGAACCAUAUCUGGACCAACAAAUUGAUGCAAACGAUUGGAUCGAAGCCAACAUCUCCACUUUCACCUCAAGCAUGAACAACAUCCCAGGCCAAGUCAACUUUUACACAGAAUUGGCAUCAGCAGUCGACAACGCAUGGAUAGUAUUCGAAGCCAUACCAGAAGUUUUGGAACUCAAGCUUUCAAUUUUCGCCGAGCUCGAAACCCAGGCACCUUCCGAUUGCAUCCUCACCUCCAACUCAUCAAGUUUCAAAUCCAGCGAGAUGCUAUCGAGCCUUGUUGACGAAGACACCAAGACAAGAAUAUGCAGUGUCCAUUAUAUUAUGCCGCCUCAAAUCAAAGUCGUGGAAAUUAUGGCUUGUGGCUUCACUGCACCAGCCAUCCUUGACUUCCUGGUCCAGAAGUGCAAGGAAGCUAAUUUACAGCCUUUUCUCGUACAGAAAGAAAGUAUGGGAUUCAUCUACAAUAGACUAUGGGCUGCAAUUAAGAGAGAAACACUCAUGAUAUUGAGCGAAGGUGUUUCAGAUGCUGGUGUUGUGGAUGAGAUAUUCAAAAGUGUCUUGGGGACUAGGUAUGGACCUUGUUUCAUGAUGGAUCAUGUCGGACUUGAUACUAUUGCCAAUAUUGAGAGACACUGCGUCAGGGAACGAGGGUUGUCUGACGAACACACUGUCAAGUUUCUAGAGGAUAACUUUAUUGAGCAAGGCAAGCUUGGCUUCAAGUCUGGGAAAGGAGGUCUGUUGUCUCCGAGGUCGUUGUAACUGAGUAAUGUCAAUCAUAUCCUUUUGGGCAGCCGCAGAGGGAUACAGGUGUCUGGAACAAUCGCCGUGCGAAAUCAUGUUUUGUUGAAUCCAGACGAGCAAUGUCAACAGAAAGAGCC